AUGCAGGGGGUGGGGGUCCAUUUUUUUGCGAGAUCGUCUUUUGAGAUAGGAAUAAAAAGUGAAAAUGAUUUUGCGUCAAUAUUCAUUAGUUAUGCACGACUGGUAGAACCACCCAACAGAUCAAGUUUAUGGAGGGAUAGGGUACCAUGGGUUCGAUACAACUAUUAUGAUUAUUCUAUCAACUGUGGUGAAGAAUACGUACCAUAUAUAGCUGAUCAGAAAUAUUGGUGUGGUGUAUGUGGAGAUCCAUUGAAUGGUGCCCAGUCGCAUUUAUAUGGAGGAAACUAUGUGAGACGGUAUAUCAUAUCUCGAAAAUAUCCAAAAGGCUACAAAUUCAUAUCAGUGACGGUAGAAACAAACGUGCGACAGGGUUUAUUUGAAUUUUUCAUUUGUCCCCAUGAGUUUUCCAGUGUGGCUGUAAACCAUAGUUGCUUUGAGAAUCAUCGGUUAAAGAUUAAAGGAUUUGGUGAUGUAUAUUACGUCAUUAAUCCUGGUGUACAUAAACUAAGAUUAGUCAUACCGACUGAUUUCCGGUGCAACCAUUGCGUCUUGAAAUGGAGAUUUCUUACAGCGAAUUAUUCAAGAUACUGUUACAGCCACCCUGUUAGAAGAAUGUGUAUACAUCCAGAAGAAUACAUAAACUGUGCUAAUAUAGCUAUAGGAACAAACUGGACAUCGUCAUCGCUAAAACAUCUCUGA